ACAAUAAAGGAUUUCAGUACGAUUUAAUUAAACAUGGACGGUAGAACGAGAACUGGCUUAAUACCUACACCCAAACAAAGUCGAAUUAUUUUUAAAAAGAAAAUCUUUGGCAGUAAAGAGUUGCCUAAAAAAUUUGAAGCUUCCCCUAUGGCUUUGUCACUGAGACCUUUAGGUGGAUUAUAUAAUCCAUAUGCAAAGACCUGCUCCGUUUUAUGUAAUCAUCCGGCGUCACCAGAAAUUAAACAAAUAAUAAAUAAAUGCAAGCAAACAUUAGCUGUUGAGGGUAAAAAUGUACAACAUUUAUACGAUGCUGUUAGCAAAAAAGCUUUAAUUGACACUGUCGAAAACAUACCCGAAGAUUUAUUUCGUCGUUACACCGACACCGAUUCUAGGCCGCUAACCCCCACUCCGACUGUAACAAGUGUGCAUACGCGGACUAGUGCUGGUUCCUUUCUCAAUAACAGACGUUGUAUUACUCCCGAAUUUAGUAAAACUGAAAUUAUCAAACGUAAAAAAUUAAUUCUCGACUUGAGAAAGUCACAUUCUCAAGAAACCUUGUAUUGGAAGCCAACAUCGGAUUUCUCUUACAGCACGUUAAGCGUAAAUACUGAAGAAAUGCAGAAAGCAAGAAGCGCCGGAGCUCUUGAGGAGCACAAAUCAAAGAAACCGAAAAUGGAAGAAACUAAACGACCGAAAUCGUGUUUGGCUGGUACAACCGAAUCAUUAAGCCAGGAUACUAAAAAAAUAGAACAUAUUUGCAUAAAUGAGCAAGAUUUUGAAGAUGAUAGCGACAUCAGAAGAGGAAAAAAACGGAAAAGGAUGAAGCCAAUCACAGUUACCCCUACCGCUACCUUUCACUUAAGUGAAGAUCCUGAAACUCAAGUAUCGGCUCUUGGUCCCGAUUCUUUAAACCCUAGCACUAGACCCAGUUUGAUACCUAAUUGCGCUAAUUUAUUGCCUAACAAAAAUAAACUGGACAGCGAUCAGAUACCUCUAAAGGGAAGCUUUUUAACUGAAGAGGCUUUUAGGGCCCUCAAAACUGAUUUAGAUGUGGAUAAAAUUGAAAACACUUUUGAGAUAUUUUUAAAUCGUGCUUUAAGGGAAGCUUUUAAAUAUUUAUCGAACAAACCACAUACCGACAAAUGCAUAUCAGAAGAAUUUAAAAAACUCAACGUAACAAAUAAAAAAACGCCCAGAAAAUUCUCCAAAUCAGCAACCAGGUUCGAGGUGCCUAUGAAUUUGGCGACCCUAGAAGAAAUUUCUGUCUUCGAUUACCUCAGCAAUUAUGUUUGGGUUACGCGACAACGUAAGCAAAUUUAUAAAAAAAUUUUUCUGAAAUAUUUUAAAACAAAAGACCAUGAAAGCGAUCAUGAAACAAUGCAAAACGAUCAAACUUUUCCCCAUUCGAAUUACACGGAAAGGACUAUCGGCUUAAAUCAUUUACCGGCCGCUUUAGAAGAUGUUCUGGAAUUUUACGGAAAUGAAAUGAAUAUCAAAAAAAUAUUAAAUUUAUUAGACUAUGAAAAUAUUAAAAAAAAAAUCAAAAAUAUUAAUUUCCGUUCAUGGUGCGGCGUCGUAGCAUUUGCUGAACGUUUGGCUAUAGACGAUCCACAUGGUACAGACUCUUGUGACGAGUUGGAAAAGCAAGAUUUCGACAGUUUAGAUUUGCGGCUACAUAAUUACCAGGUGCUCGAUUCCUUGAGAGAACUUUUUGAUAUAAUAAAAAAUACGCACAAUAAGGAAUAUAACUGA